AUGAGCAGCCUUCCUUCAUCAUCUAUCAUGCCAUCCACAUCUCCAUCGUCGGCUUUACAUCAAACAGCUCCCGUUAAAACUUUCUCAUCCGACCAUCAAGAUAUGAUUCAUGAUGCACAGGCUGAUUAUUACGGAAAAAGAUUAGCAACAUGUUCAAGUGAUUGCACCAUCCGAAUUUUUGAUUUGGCUCCUGGUGCUACCGAACAACAAGAACCCAAAUUGUUGGAUGUGCUUACGGGACAUGAAGGUCCUGUUUGGCAAGUGAGCUGGGCUCACCCACAAUUUGGAUCGAUUUUGGCAAGUUGUUCCUAUGAUCAUAAAGUAAUAAUUUGGAAGGAAAAUCAACAAACUCACAAGUGGGCCAAAGUUUUUGAUUACAGACUCGACAGUAGCGUAAAUUCAAUCUCUUGGGCACCUCAUGAACACGGCCUUCAUUUGGCUAGUGCUUCUUCCGAUUGUCAAAUUACUAUCUUUUCCUAUGAUGAACAGAGUAAUAAUUGGAGAGUCUCAAACAUUAGAGAUGCUCACAAAAUUGGCUGUAAUUCUGUUUGUUGGGCUCCUGCAUCACACACUGGUGCCUUGGUUCAGCAACCUACUCAAGAUCAACCCGAAAGUAGCAAGUUUGUGAAGAGAAUGGUCUCCGGUGGAAGUGAUAAUCUCGUUAAAAUCUGGGAAUACAAUGAAUCAAUUAAUCAAUGGAAAGAUACCACACUGGAAGGACAUACUGAUUGGGUUAGAGAUGUAAGCUGGGCUCCAAAUAUUGGUCUUCCAUAUGAAACUAUUGCCUCUUGUUCUCAAGAUAAAACUGUAAUAAUUUGGACAAGAGACCAAAAUUCAAACCAAUGGAGUAAGCAAGUUCUUGCAUUCGAUAAUGUUGUUUGGAGAGUGAGCUGGUCAUUGACUGGAAAUAUUUUGGCUGUCUCUACAGCUGACAAUGAAGUUACAUUGUGGAAAGAAGAUGUCACUGGAAAAUACAAGAAGAUUAGCUCUCUCAGUGACAAGUAA